ACAUGACAACCACUCCUAAAUGUUUCCUCUAUAAAGUAUGUGGUUGUUGUUGUUGUUGUUUUGUUACACACAAGAAAAGCUGUGUAUUGCAUGUGUGUGAAAGUUGUAUAGAAUAAGAUGUAAGUAUAAGAUGGAAUAAGAUGCAACGGAGGAGUUGUGUUUGUUGGGUCGGUGACGCGGUGAGUGGAGUUCAGUCCUGAGCUCCAGCUCAUGUUUUCCUCCUUCCACUCUCUGCUGGGGUGAUUAUUCUGAUUUACCCUGUCCUAGUUUGUUCCCCAGAGAGACUACUUGCUCACACACACACACUCACACACACACACCCACCAAAGUCCCAGUGGUCAGACAUGGAGGUACUGGGGAUCCCUCCCAGCUAACUUGUGGAUGGAACAUUGACGUGUUCUGGAUGGAGAACUAAACUGAGUGGAAAGCUGCAUUGCCAUGGAGUUUGGAAAAGUUUGGUCCAGGCAUCAGAGGACAUUGCUCAUCACCAUGAUGAUGUUCAAACUGGGCUUUCUGUGUACAGCAGCAGCCGACAAGUGUCUCCCAUCACCUUGCAACAACGGUGCCACCUGUCUUGAACAUCUGGGCGACUAUGUGUGCCUCUGCCCCAAAGGACCCGUGUGGUACAUGGGCAAAAACUGUGACGAGCUGUACGACGCUUGCAUUUUGGCACCUUGCACCAACUGUACCAGCAGUCCCGGGACUGGCAAUUUCACAUGCCACUGCCCGGAUGGCCUCACAGGCCUUAACUGCACCGUGGAUGUAGACGAGUGUGAAAGCAACCCCUGCAUAGGUGUCAGGUCUUACUGUGUCGAUGGAGUCAAUGCCUACUCAUGCCACUGUCCCCGUGGAUUCGGAGGCGAAUACUGCCAGUCUCAUGUCACCACUUGCUCAAAGGAAAUGUGCCAGAAUGGCGGCACCUGUACGGACAUUCCUGACAUUGGACAUCAUUGUCGCUGUGCUGCCGGAUACCAGGGGACAGACUGUGAAGAAAACAUUGAUGAAUGCGAGUCUGCGCCCUGUCAAAAUGGAGCCAUCUGUAAAGAUGGCGUCAAUGCCUAUCAGUGUUUCUGUGUGCCUGGCUUUCAAGGUUUUCACUGUGACUUGGACAUAAAUGAAUGUGCCUCCCAGCCGUGUCAAAACAAUGGCACAUGCUUGGAUGAAGUGGACAAUUAUAACUGUGACUGUCCUGAUGGCUUUAAAGGGAUGAACUGUGAGGUCGAGAUUGACGAGUGUGAAGAACAACCCUGCCAGAACGGUGCCACCUGUCGAGACCAUGUUGCCAUGUACACAUGCGAGUGUAUGGAUGGGUUCCAGGGUCAAGACUGUGAGGUCAACAUUGAUGAAUGUGCCAGUAUGCCAUGCCUAAAUGAUGGCGUGUGCGUCGAUGGAGUCAACAGAUAUGAGUGUGACUGUGAGGGGACAGGCUAUGAAGGUGAUCACUGUGAGGAGGAUAUUCCUGAAUGUGCUUCCAAUCCCUGCCAGCAUGGAGCCUCGUGCUUGGAGGGGAUCAACCUCUACAAGUGCCUCUGUUGGCCAGGUUACGAGGGGGAUAACUGCCAGGUGGAUGAAGACGAGUGUGAGCAGUACCCCUGUGAAAAUGGCGGCGAGUGCUUUGAGCGCUCUGAUAUUCUGAACUAUGGGCUUCUCCCUGAACUUAGCACAGCCAAUUUUACAUAUGAAGAAGCAGCUGGAUUCAUCUGCCACUGUCAACCUGGAUUCACAGGAGAAAACUGCUCACUCAACGUGGAUGAGUGUGUGUCUGCUCCAUGCCAUCACGGAGGAAGCUGCCAAGAUUUAGUCAACUCCUACCAGUGUUUGUGCCCCGACGGUUUCACAGGUGUACACUGCGAAGUGGACAUCAAUGAGUGUGACAGCAAUCCUUGCCAGAACGGUGCCACGUGUGAGGACGGUGCCAACUCUUACAUAUGUACGUGUCCUGCUCCAGAGCUGGACGAAGAGCCAUUGGGUGGGCGCAACUGUGAUGUUGUCCUGGUUGGUUGUCGGAAGCAUCAAUGUGAGCAUGACGGUGUCUGCAUGCCUCUGCUGACCGCCUAUGGUGAGCAUAGCUACACUUGCCUGUGCGGGAAUGGCUGGACGGGAGAACUCUGCAACACCUCCACCACCUUUUCCUUCAACUCGGAAGGCUACGUCCACAUGCAACUCCCUCUCUCCAAAAAUAGAGCAAGGCUUGGUUUUGAUGAGCAAAACUAUGGCCUUCACAUGCAGCUCAGAUUCAGGAGCACACUGCCUGACAUGCUACUGUACUACCGUGGUACCAUGGAACGCUUCAUCUCCUUGGAGUUAGUCCAGGGUUCCCUUCAGGCCAGGUUAAAGUCAGGGAGGAUGUUGCAGGUCACUUAUCCAGGUCCAGUUAACGAUGGAGAAUGGCACCAAGUCACUGUGACAAUGGAUGAAAGAUUGACUCUGACUGUAGUGGGACCUGGCUGUGAGGAAGGAUGCCAAGUGAAAAAUGAGGUCUACAACCAUCUCAUGUUCUUCCAGUCAGACUCUUUUCAACAACUGUAUGUCAGUGGGGUGCCACAGGAGUAUCUGACACUCACAACCAGCCAAAGGGGUUUCAUUGGCUGCAUGGAAGACCUUCGAGUUGACUACAAGUUGCUGCUGCCUCAGGACCUCAUGAGAGAGGAGAGUGUCGGCUUGGAACUGGGAUGCACCAAAAAGGAUUUGUGCCACGAUGACCCAUGCGAGCAACGGGGGUUAUGUGUGGACAUGUGGGUUGUGGCCAAAUGUCAGUGCUACCGGCCUUACUAUGGAGAAACAUGUGACAGAGAAUACCCAUCCUGGACCUUUGGUCAUGAGAACACCACAAGCUACGCCGCCUUUAACAUCACAGAAACCCACGGAGAAAAUUUCUCCAUCUCCUUUAUGAUGCGGUCUCUGAAAGAGAAUGGCUUACUUCUGCAGUUUCGCCGAGAGAAAAGGUCCUACCUCACUGUCUACCUGAAGGACACUGCAGUUGCCAUCUACAGCCCUUACACCACACUCUUGUCAGAGGCCAAGUCCCUCACGGACGGCAGCAAUAAUUUGGUGACUGUAAAAGUCAACUAUGGCCACGUGUUCUUCCCCAAAGCGGGUAACCACCGCGCCUUAGGGAACGUGAGCAUCGAGGCAGGAGAUGUGGUGUAUGUUGGAGGACUCCUUGCGGGUGAAAACAUCAACAUCUGGGGUGGAACAUUCAAGGGCUGCCUCCAAGACAUCCGCCUGGACAACAAGCAUCUGACCAUUGUGGAUCACACAGAGGAGUUGGAGAUUUACCAGGCCACUGCAGAGGAGAAUGUUUUGCCAGGAUGUCAGAGUGAUAACACUUGCAAGAACGAGCCAUGUGCCAACGGUGGGGAGUGCCAGAUCACCUGGAAUGACUUCAAGUGUGACUGUCCCAUUCAAUUCUCUGGACGACUGUGCCAGAAACGUUUGUGGUGUGUCGACAACCCGUGUUCUGGGAGAGGGCAAUGUGUUGACCUAUGGGAUGGUUAUGAGUGUUUGACUGAAGCCUUUUUUCAGGACAAUGCUCUUGAAUAUUUCGCCAACGGCUCCCUGCUGAGCCCGGUAACCAACAUCACCAUGGCCAUUAGAACACGAGAGGAGAAUGGCAUCUUGGUGAGGGCCAACAACAGAGCUGAGGUUUUCUGCCUGGGUCUCCUCAAUUCCACCCUUCUGGUCAAAAUUGACAGUGGAGCAAGUGCAGAGCUGCUGGCUUUUACCAGUGACAGGACCAUUGCAGAUGGGGCGUGGCAUCGUGUAGAGCUGACCAUGGUCGACCCUGCACUAUCAGCGUCUCGAUGGCUUCUCACAGUGGAUGGGUACACAGCUGGUGGCAGCCUCGGAGCCGGUGGCAACCUGAACUUCCUUAACGAUACCAAAAUUUGGCUCGCUGAAAAAUAUACUGGAUGUCUGGGGGAAGUGCGAGUGGGUGGAAUCUACCUACCGCUCUUCAACGUACCAGACGCCCCUCAGACAAGUCGUUUCUCCAGACUGAGUGAACAUGAGCCAACCAUCGGGUGCCAGGGUGCCCCGGUUUGUGAUUCUCAGCCAUGUCUCAAUGACGGCGUGUGCCAGGACCAGUUUAAUGAGUUUAACUGCAGCUGCAGGCCAGGUUGGGAGGGGAGGCUGUGUGAGGCUGAGAUAAAUGAGUGCUCUUCCGGCCCUUGUGUGUAUGGGACAUGCAAAGACUUCCUGGCAGAUUACCAAUGUGACUGUGAACCUGGCUAUGUGGGGAGAAACUGUCAUGAAGAGGUGGAUGACUGUUUGGAGUUCAGCUGCUUGAAUGGGGGAACCUGUGUGGAAAGCAUGGAAUCUCAUACCUGUUUGUGUCCUCCUGGAUACGUGGGCAAACGCUGCCAAUGGCGAUUCCCUCCAGUGGCUUGUGAUGCCAUGACGAAGUGUCUUAAUGGAGGGGUUUGCAUAGGGGAGGAGACUGGGGGCAAUUGCACCUGCAAGCCAGGAUACACUGGUCCGAGGUGUGAGACAGAAAUAGACGAGUGCCAGUCCAGUCCUUGUCUUAAUGGUGCCACCUGUCUAGACAGACUCAACCAUUUCCAGUGCGUAUGUGUGCCAGGUUAUAGCGGCACAUUCUGUGAAAGCAAUAAAAAGGAACAAAAGGAGCGUGUCCCCUGGCUGGUCGUGACCAUCCCCCUCACCAUGUUAUGUGUAUUACUCGCCAUCCUGGUGAUCUUUUUCCUAAUCAUGACGGCCCGGAAGAAGCGUCAGUCAGAGGGCACCUACAGCCCCAGCUCGCAGGAGGUAGCUGGAGCUAGGCUGGAGAUGGGCAGCGUCCUCAAAGUUCCCCCUGAAGAGAGGCUAAUCUGAGACCUGCAGUCCAGUCUACUGCCUCGUUUUAAGAGGCUGUCUGGGACUCGUAAAGAGAAGAAACCACAUUCUCUGAGUGGCCGUGCUGUGGAGCCCUCCACCUACAAGGUGGAUGACUGAUGCUCCACAUAAGCUUCAGAGAUGGGCAGGUAUCCGAUCACAAGACAGAAAAAUGACAAAGAUUUGCUUUGUAAAGAUGUGCGGAGAAGAUAAUCUCAGAGUAUUGGACCAUGAUUUGGAUCGCAACAAGUACGGAAAAGCCAUGAAAGGGCAAGUAAUUCAUCACGUAAAUGAAAAUGAAAGAAAAAAAUGAUUGUUUGUGUUGAAAAGCCCAGAGAGAACAGAACAAGAGGUGGUCUUUUAAACAUAUCUGACCAUCCAUCACAAGCGGAGAGCUGACCUUUUUAUUUAUUGCACGGGUUCGUCAAAAGUGUAGAAGUAUUAUAUACCUCUCUCUGAGCUCUCGGUUUACCAUUCAAGAAGAACAGCUUGUAAAUUAGAAUAUAAUUUGUUUAGAAUUACAGUAUAUUAUACAGUAUACAUAAUAUUUGGUUGUCGUCUUAGUUGUUAACCAAGAGCCUUCUUCGUGAAACUUACAGAUUUCUGGCUAACGUUCUUUUCUGCUUUUUUUGGUUUGUUUUUUGCAAGAAAGAUCCAACUAAGUCUAUAAUAAAACCACUUGGGCUCAGCAGCUCAUUCAGGCGUUUCAUGUACAGAAUUAGCCACCGAGCAUGAAUAUGUAGUUGGCUGGGUUAGGGUUGGGGUUAGGAUUAGAGUUUGGGUUAAGGAUAAGGAUUAGGGGUUUAGGAUUAGAGUUCGGGCCAAGGGUUAGGGAGUUAGGGUUAGUCGUUAAGGCUUAGCUGGUAGGGGUUAUGCUUUUUCAGGUCACCGGUGACCCUAACGAGGAUAAACGCUGUAGAAAAUGAAUGAAUGAAUGUAAUGGGAGUAAAGUGACAAGCUAGUCACAGGUGGAAGAUCAGUAUUAUUUCAACCGGAUUUCAAUGCUAAUUCACUCAGUUGGAUGAUUUUUUCUGGAAGGUUGAUUUGGUACUUGUGAGGUGUAUUUUUUCGACUGAGCAUUUAAGCAGGAUUUAAGUGUUAUUGCUUCUGUGAGGCACGGAUGAUCUAUUCUGUAUACAGGUGCUCUGAACAAUGCAUUUUCUCUUUCUUUUUUGUGUUUUUUGUUGGGGGGAGGGUGGGUGGGGCUGUUUUGUCUGCUUUUCGCUGUGAUUAUCCAAUCUUCCAUUUCUCGUAGAAAUCCUUGACAAGAUCAUUGCCUCCCAGCUCCAUUUGAACGACAUGUUAAGUGACAAGCUUUAUUGUUUGUUUGUAUUUGAGAGGUUUUGCGUACACCCACUGACUCAACAUGCUGAUGUGUUAAAAGUUAACAAACAAAAAAAAACGCUGUAAGAUGACUCCGGGAGCAACUUACUCUGGUCACCAUGACUUUAUGUAUAUAUGGCGUGAUUGCUGUGUGUUUUUAUGUUGUUAAUAUGCAGCAUUUUCUGUGAUUUUUUAACUCUUUGUCACAAUUUAAGGUAAAUAGUAUUUAAUUUGUGUUAUUACUGAGAUCUAAUUGCUGUAAAAACAUUUUCCCGACGCAGAAAAGAAAGCAUUCAUUUUCUUUGGGUAAUGUUAAUAUGCAGAGCUGGAUUUGCUUAAAUUUGUGCACAUAGGCCAGAGGCAUACAUAGCUCGGUUGGAAACGAGUGAUGCCAAACUCAAAUGCUUUCAUGAGUCACUCACUGAAGUGAAAUCAGGUACUCGAUUCACUCGAGUCACCGAUCCCCGGACUUGUCUCGCAUUUACGGGCUAACCACACGGAAACGUUUUCAGGUCAAAACAGUGAAGUAUUUCAUCUUUGCAGCCUUUCAUUUACAUGGCAACGGCGAUUUGGGUGCUCUGAAACGAUAUUUUUCCAGAGUGGGAAAAUCUGAAAACGUCGGCUUGUCGUUUCCGUGUAGACAAGCAAAUCCGCUGCAUGUUGAAAUUGACGACGUCGCCGAGCCGUCGCCGUCACGUGACCAGAAGUAAGUUUUGACAACAAGCCAGCAUCAUAUCUGAAUAUUUGGACUGGCAUGGCUCGCCCCAGUCGACAUUCUCCUGAUUUUUUUUGUCUUGUACACCAGAAUGACUCACAGAUGUAUAGUAACUCCACUUCCUCGUAAGUCUAGAAGAGCUUUGGAAAGCGAAAGACGAUGGACUUAUGUGCAUUCUUCUUCUAUAGUUUGGUGUGUCACGUGAUUCCGUCUGUGUGUCUGUUUACAACGCACCACGUAGGCGUAGUGAUCCGUUCCCGUCUGGAUGCAACUAUUUACUAAGCUGGCACAUUGUGGACAUACAUUUUUUUCAACUCGUAAAAAAAAAAAAAAAAAAAAAAAGUCCCAGGAACGUUUCCGUGUGGACAGGGUCUUAAUCACAUGUUAAAUGGUUUCAUUUUUCAAAUUUAGUAGUGGAUGAAUUAAAGGAGACGAGUACCCGUGAGUCCUGAUUCAGUAAAAUACUUGAGUUGAGUUGGGACGGCUCGUUCAUGCCUCGCACAUCUCCAGUGGCAACCCAUACAUACUAUAUUUGUGAAUCAUUCUGGAAUCACUCACUCAUUCAAGUAGUACCACACCAAAAACACAAAACAUGUAAUAUAUUAUUCUAUUUUGUUUAGCGUACAGUGGAACCUUGGUUAGCAUCAAUUAUCCGUUCGAGAAGGUCAGACUCUAAUUGAAACAUACUUUAACUAAAGCAUUUUUUCCCAUAAGAAAUAAUGUACAUCCAAUUAAUUUGUUGCAAAAAUCCAAAAAUGUUAAGACAAAACACGUUUUUAUAGCUUUACAAUUAUAGUUUUACAUACAAAAACAAUUCUAAAUGCAUAUAAAUAUAUAUGAAUUAUGAAUAAAAGGUAUAAAUGAACAUUUAAGGUUACUUUUACCUUAAUUGAAGACUUGAUUGUUGGCAAGUCAUUUCUUGAUUUCAAUAGUGUUUCUCAUUUCAAUUUGCUGCUUUUCUUUAGAUCACAGCUGCAAAAUAAGCCAAAAUGGCACCGAAGAAAGUUGCAAGUGCCAGCAUUUUGAUAAAGAAGGUGAGAAACACCAUUGAAUAAAAAAAAAAUAGCGUUAAUUAUUACGACGGAGCUGACUUCCGCGUCAUGUUUCCAUGUAUUAGCAAGAUGCUAACAAGGACAUUUUGUGAUAAAAGUACAUUAAAGAACACAGUUGGACUCAUGUACAGUGUAGUGUAUUAAUAACGUGACAAGAUGCGUGUCGUAUUGUACUCUAACCGGAAAAUGUACACAAACAGAGGCAACAUUUUGGCGUAAAUUAUUUAUGUUAACCGAAAAAAAAACGCUCACCGGGGUGUAUGCUAACAGAGUUACCACUGUAUAUUGUUUUGUAGCGUUUAUGUAGUUAUUACUGUAUACGGUCACAUGAAACAGCACAAAUGCAGUUAACUUCCUGCAGCUACAUCAGAUCACCACUCACCCAAAUGUUACCAAACAGACAGGAGAUUAAUAUCAGUUAUCUCAUUUCACUUUUCGGGAAAUUGUUAUGCGGAUCGAGAAUAACCAAAUUAAACCCUGGGCCAUUUUGCUCCAAAAAGACAUAUCUAACAUAAAAAAUAUUUUUUCUGUGCAUGUACAAGGUGUACAUGGAUGAUGUUGAUAUGAAAGUAAAGACUUUGAUGGUUAUUGUAUAUGUGGAAAUGUACAUAUCUUUACUCCUGGAUAAGAGUAAAUUAAGCUGCUUGUUCAGAGAGUUUUUAGCGGUAGAGGAUUGAUACUUGUACCGCUGGAGGGGCUAAAUGUUAGCUUUCAAGCCAGACCAAGAUUGUUGCAUUGGUGUUUUGUGUGAUGAAAUAUUCAUAACACAUGCUGUCUCGGACGGUUCUUGUUUUUCGACAUGUGCCCCAUCGAAGGGCUUGUAGUUUGACUCGUCUUCUGUUUUCCUGAAAACCAGUCACUGUACAUUUAGCUUUUAGCUGAGACAGGUUUUUUAUUGAUAUUGAGCAAUUACAACAACACAGACACAACCUGGCAGCUCCCAGUACCAGGUUCCUUUCCGGUUUGAAAGGUUAUUCACUCAGUUAACCAAUCAGAUAUAGGAUGAGAAUGUUCAGUAUCUCAAGGCAUUUGGGACAAUCAUAUGCUUCCAUCUUUGAAACUCGGAAAAUGGACCCCAAUGUGUUUUGACCUCACAAAUGUUCUUCUGGAGAUCAAGCAGAUCUUGUGUUUUCAGCUCUUGUAUGUUCAUUUACCAUGAGAUAAAUUCUAUUUUAUUUGCAAUGGCCCAUCGAAACAUGAUAAUGAAACACUUCCCGGUGUGUUUGGCAAGAUUCUUUCCCUGUUUAGUUUGCAUGUUCUCCAGGUAAGCUCUUUGUACUGUAUGUCUUCCACCAUGACUAAAAUGGCACUGAUGUAGUCAUUUUCGUUUUACCCGACUGUGAUAUAUGGACCAAUAUCUCUGGAGUGGUUCAAAUUCUGAUUCACAGGAUGUUAUCCGUGUGUUUGCGUGGGGUGUUCUAUCCUCUUCAUGCAGAGAUCCAUUGCACUGGUGCUUUUCCCAUUAACUUAGUGCUGAUUGACUCUAUGAAUGUCUCCAUUUUUAUAGGGAUGACUUAGCUCCUUGUAAGCUGCCUGCAGGGACGGUACAUGUAUGUGUAUGAUGAGAUGCAAGUUGUGCCUUCAUGUUCUCGAGCAUCCUGUGAUUGUUGUUUUGUCAUUUGUUCCGACACACACGGUGAUUUGAAAGAAGAUCAUGGUACACGUGCUCCACAUGACAGGACAAUGUGCAGUGACAAUGCCACCUACUGUAUGUACAUAAUGGUAGUGAUAUCACACUGGAGUUGCUUAGUCAACGUUGCCCCUUGUAUAGCACAUUGUAGCUCGGGACUGGAAAUGCUAUUCCAAAGUAGGAAAUAAAUCACUUGUUCGCUGGAGCGCCACAUUAACAAUGUAUGUUAAUUUGUGUCUGGUUGAAUGAUGUUGCUCUUUGGAAAUAUGAAAUGCAUCUGACAAUUAUUCAAGGAAGAAUAAAAACAAAUAGUGAUUGA